AUGGGUAACUGCAUAAACUGUAUGCAAUCUAAGGAGAAAAUCAGUGUUCUGGUGUCUAAUGGAGGAGAAGAAAAAGUUAAGGCCUUAACUAAAGUUAAAAAGAUAACCCAUGGUCCAUACCAGGGUUAUAAUCUGGUGCACUACGCCCACCCGAACUCACCAAUGCCCCCCAACGCUAAGCUUCUUCCUGCAGAGGUUUAUAUUCUUAUUCCACAAAAGGAGAAGGAAUCACAAAAAGUGAAGAUUGUUGUAACUAGGAAGCAAUUGGAGCUUUUGGUUAGAGAUGCUAAUAAGGACUUCAAGAUCAGCAAAAUUAAUCCUGUAUUUUCUUGGAAUGGAGUUAGAUCUCAAAAAUGGAAACCAUCUUUGGCUACUAUUCAAGAGUAG